AUGUUGUCAAAAUUUUCUUGAGAGAGCCGGUAGGUUACACUAAUAUUGAACUUUUGGUUAAAUUUACCACCGAAAAACUCUCUACCAGUGGGUGCAAGAUAUUUGAAACGGUAAUUAGUCAUAAAAAUUAUUUGAUCGUACAACUCAAUGAAUACACGUUCUCGGUUAAGAUUUCAUUUAAUAUUGUCUUCUCUCAAUAGAUUUACAAAUUUUCAAUCAUUUACCUAUAUAUUAACUAUUUUAAAGCAUAAAAAAAUAUUAACUACUUACCCUUGUUGAUAUUUAUGUAGGAAGAUUUUUAUCUUCUUCCUUUGAAAAUGUGUUUUGUCGGCGAUUGAACGUCAUGUUUAUAAUUUUAAAACAACACAAACAAUAUUAAUGUAAACUAUAUAGUUUGAGCUAAUCGUUGUAUAUUCUAAGCAUGAUUUUCAGGGCCUGUUAAUAGUAAGAACGAUAGUGAGCAGGGCCUUCUGUUUGAAUGAUUUAUGUUCUCUUCUCUUAACUGGGAUCAGGGGACAUUCAGAGUCAAAAGAAGAAGGCUUCCUGAUCGAUGUUUCUCAAGAAGGUCAUAUGAAAGCUACACAGUCUGCAAAUGGAAAGAACAGAUCAAUCUCUUGGCAGGAAAAGGCUUAGCUUUGAACCGAGUCUACAGUUUCCAACAUCUAGAGAUCAUUUUUCUUAACAGAGUAUUGAAUUAAUAUUCUAUUAUUUUGGAAGCCAAAGCUUUUGCUCUUCUAUCAGAGACAGAGAUUAGAAGAAACAGGAACCAAGUGUGUUCAAGCACGAUGAGGUGAUAUCUCUUGAGACAGCAUUAUGAAGUGAAACCGUCUCGCUCAAGAUGCAAGCAAUCCUCCUCCUCUCCUGAACACUUUUUUUUUAAUCCCUUUUACUUUCAUUGAUGAUUCUUCCUUGAGGAAAAAAUGAUUCUCAUCUGCAUCUUUCAAGAAGCACCUCAAAACGAUUCAGUUCGUCUUUCAUCCGCUUCCUCUGGUCACCUAAACCAAACAAGAACACAACGGUUCUUCCAAGAGAAACCUAAGCAACAACCUCCACCAUUUGCAAGUUCUUGAUUCACAAGUGUAACGCCCCAUCUCUUAAGCUACAAGAGUCAACUACCAAACUACACAGCACAAGAUUCCAAGUUCCAAAGUUGUUGCAGAUUUUUUGCUGAGUGCAAUCAAGAAAAUGAGAGACAUGUUUUAAAACUUUCUGAUCACAAUACCGUUGGAUACGAGAAACCAACCAGCCAUGUCGUGAGUUUUCAAGUCUCAAAAUUUCCAAUAAAAAAAUAUAUACAAUUUUAAGUUUUGUUAACGAGAGAUUUUUCUAUUUCUUCUUCUCUUGUAUUUCUAUUCUUCCUGUUAUGCUUUUAUGUAAACAUACCUCUCUGCUCAUGACAUCAUGACUUGCUUCCCAAGCUACAUUGCUCCUCCUCUUUCCAUUUUUCAUUUCAGUAUUAAUAGUAUUGAUUUAGCAAAAAUAUGGACGAUUUCGCCUUUUUUUAAACGGAAUAUUUCUGAUUUCUUUGGAGUUCCUAUUUUUCUUGUAUUUCCUUUUUUCUCAGGUUAAUCCGGGUAUAUAUAUAUAUAUAUAUAUAUGUUUCUGUCUAACAGACAAAAAAAAACUACACAAGUAUUCUUCUUUCUUUUACUUUCAAUAGCUAUCUCUAGCUUUUUCUUUAAAAAAACAUCAAUAUGAUCAUUGGUGCUUUAUAUCCUAUUGAUACUGUCGAACCCAUCCAUCCUGCUAUGAUUGUAACAAAACAACUGACAAACACUGAUUAUGUACACAGUAUGGUGUUACCGAGAGAACAAAUUGAGUCAGUUCUCGCGGUGAUGGAUGGUGUUACAGAUGAGAGUUUAAGAAACGGUAAGGAAGUGGAUGUUUAUGAUGCAACGGAAGAAGACGAAUACAAAGUCACCAUAAAGCGUAUUAACGACAACACCAAAUAUGUUUUUGGAAAAGGUUGGAGUACAAUGAAGUAUUCUUUGGAUCUCGAAGAAGGCCAAGAACUGAAACUCUACUGGCAUCGUGGUUACAAGAGAUUCAUUGUUCUUAAUUUUCAGUACACUCUUCUAAUGAUUUAA